GUUUCAGCCAGAUGGCGGUAUAUGUCGUGUAUCUAUGCAUUCCGAGUCAUUCCUGGUACAGCAGCUCACCAUGGGCUCGGCGGUGUCUCUGAUCCUGGACACUUCGGCGAUUUGUCAGUGAGAGGUUGCAUAAAGCGUGACUUUUUUCAGUUUACAGUUGUUGCCAAAGCAAAAAAAGUGCUCCCCCUCUGCUUUUGCGCAAGUUCUUUGCGCCUUAAAUACAGCAUGAAACUUAAUCGCGUCUUUAAACGUGGGCCAGUGUGAUGUCUUAAAGCAGGGAGAGGGGAUAAAGUUAGCAGAACUUAGGCCUAUAUAUGUGCACUGUAGCGUUAGACUUAAAUUCAAUGAAGCUUGAUGUGGUCAAAUCCGAGAGCAAUGAGGAGGACAUUGACGUGGAGAGCAUCGACGGAUCUGUGCGUCCGGAAUUGGACGGCGGCAGCGAGAAGGGAGGCAGCCCGGCGCCGGAGCAGCAGCCGCGGAGGCUGAGCCGCAGCCCCAAGUGCGCCCGGUGCCGGAAUCACGGCGUCGUAUCGGGCCUCAAGGGCCACAAGCGCUUCUGCCGCUGGCGCGACUGUCACUGCGCCAACUGCGUGCUGGUGGUGGAGAGACAGCGGGUCAUGGCCGCGCAGGUCGCCCUGAGGAGGCAGCAGGCGACCGAGGGGAAAAAAGACGGCAGAUCAUCUCUGUCAUUUAGAAAAUCAGCGUAUCAUCGGUACCAAAGACCCAGCUUUCUGGCAAACAGCAUUUUGCAAGGGUAUAAGCCUAUUUUGGAGGACCCCACCUGGCCAAGGAGAAUGCACUACCAAUCUCUCAGCGACCGCAUGAGGAAAAGGCGAGCGUUUGCUGACAGAGAGCUGGAGGGCAUCAUGCUCGAGCGGGAGUUACAGCAGAGGGAGUUGGAGGAGCUGUCCGGCCUUAAAUUCCUCCAGCCCACGUUUCCUCCAGCCCCUGCCGUCCAGUGCUGCCCCUUGGCUGAGCCUCUGUCGCUGGCCUACCUCCCCAUGCACAAAAACAGCCCCCUGCUUCUGAAGGUUCACUGUCACCCAGAAGAGAUCUUCAAAGCCCGGGCGACGGGGAGCAGCUACGAGCCGCCGGCCGCCCCGUGUAGCUUAGCGCCCGGUGGGGUGGAGUUGGGGCUGCUGGAAACCUGGGAGUGCUGCACAGAGGACGAGCUGCCGGCGCCACCUGUCUGCCAGGGUUAUUUCAGCAGCCUCGAAGGUCUGCAUGCUGACUCUUUGGUGCCAAAAAUCAACGUGAGUGGCUUUGGUGGCACCGCCGCGCUCGAACCCAUCGCCAGCCGGCUGCCCCGCAGGCCAGAGCUGCUCUUCCAGGAUGGUUCUCUCUCCUCACGGCCCUGUGGAUCUUCUGAGUCCCGCCACUUUGCAGCAAAGCCCAGUUCAGAGAAACAGGCCCAAUACUGGUCCGAAACGGACCCUGGGAAAAAGAGCGUCCCGUCUGCGUUGCCGUUUUCAGUGGAGUCGCUGUUGAACAACUAAAAAAUACACCCCCCGCCCGUCACAUGAGUUGCUGUGGCUUGCGUGAAUGAUUUUGAGCUGGGACCACAUAGAUAUUCAGUUAUACCUGGGUCUGGGAAUUUAGAGAGGGAUCCUGAGAAUGAAUGUAACACAAUUCGUAUCACAUUUAUGUGCUAUUGGGCCACCAGGGAUUUCGUUGGUUUGUUACACAAUUCUGUGUUACAUGAAACUUUGAGUUGUAACACAUCUACUGUACAGAUAUGUUAUAUUUCAUAAAAGCGUAUUUUGAAACAUUGGCAACAAUCUAGAAAAAAAUGGUAUUUUCCUAACCCUUUCUAAAACUUCACAGCUAAAGUGUCAUUUUGUAUAAUUAUAUAUUUUUUUAAAUGAAACAUUUAUGGCUUGUUGAAAACAAUCAGAAUGCAGUAUACUAAGUUUUGUAAGUCUGAAUAAAUAAUAAAUUUAUUUUUAGUAUUGA